UACGGCGUUAGGCCAGCUGUUGAACUGCUGUGAAUAUGGCCGACCGGUGAAGUCACGCGAGACUAGCCUAGUUCGCAGCUCGAAUCGUAAUGUUUGUAUACUCGUAAGAUCACAGCAGGACACAAAAUUGGCUUCGAGUCUCGUAUUCUAGUGCUAGCGAGGGAUCGCUUUAUCAAAAGAAAAUGGUGAAAAUAGCAAGUGACUUUAUUCAAAGUUACGAGUUAGCGUCGAUAUUCCGUAGGAACACGGCUGUCUCUGAAUUAUAAUAUCCAAGCACGAGUGUAGUGCAGUUUCAGAGGAAUUAACCCGUGAGAUCUUUUGAAGAGAUAAACAAUUCGACGCUUCGAAGGAUAAAAGUCGGCCAGCAGCUGCAGCGAUGGAAGAAACAGCCCAGAAGACUCGCAUCGGCUGAAAAGUUUAUCAGUUUAUAUAUAAAUCUGAAGCCUAAUGUCUCCUCCAAGAAAGAUGCAGCCCAAAAUGAAGUGUUACGUUUGCGAAAAUGAUGAGUGUGACAAACCAAAGGUGUGCGAAAACGCCAUUUUGUGCUUCAAAUCGGCCGUAAGAGAGCACGAUGGUACGACGCGAAUCAGCAGAGGCUGUGUUCUGCAGCGAGAGCAUGUGCCUCUCUACUGCAACAAACACUUGGCGAGCGGCGCGUCCAACGACAACAUCCAAAUUGGCGCCGGCUCGUUCCAUACGAUUUGUUGUCAAGAGGAGUUCUGCAAUUCGGGACCCUUUCCAGAACUUCGAGGACCUCCACCAAGUGAUUUGAACAAAAUAGGUUUGCAUGCCAGACUUGUACUUUACAUGUUGCCACUCUUUGUUUUUUUCACCAUAAUCUUCGCAACGCUAUACCUCGUACGUAAGAAGAAACGAGAUGUUUCGACAUUACCUCGACGCGAUAAAAAGCUUGUCGAGACGGGUUGUGAACAACAAAUGCUCGUAUUUGCAACCGGCGCUAGCCCCAAUGGCCACGCUCAAGGUGCCAACAGCACCAAUGAAAUUCGUGCUACGGCAGCCGGAGACAGUACGCUUAAGGAAUAUUUGGAAGGGCAAAGCUUAACGAGCGGAUCGGGAUCUGGUCUGCCUUUGCUCGUUCAACGAACUCUGUCCAAGCAAGUGGCCCUGGUAGAGUGCCUCAGCGCCAGUGGUAAUAGUAUCAUCGGUAGCGGCAGUUUUGGCCGCGAGAUAUGGCGCGGAGUCUGGCACGGAGAGAACGUGGCGGUGAAAAUAUUUUGCUCCCGAGAUGAGGCCAAAUGGGCUCGAGAAACCGAAGUGUACUCUCAGCUUUUGCCUUCCAGACACGACAAUAUCCUCGGGUAUAUUGGCAGUGACAUGACCAGUAGGGCCAGCUGUACCCAAUUGUGGGUUGUCACGCAUUAUCACUCCUCAGGAUCUCUUUACCACCAUUUGCUUCACCUUGUUAAGGCCAUGAACCACGAACAAAUGUUCAAUAUUUGCUUGAGCAUUGCUAAUGGUUUGUUAUAUUUGCACACGGAGAUUCACGGCACUCAAGGCAAGCCUGCGAUGGCGCAUCGCAACCUCAAGUCUAAGAAUAUCAUUGUCAAAAACAAUGGAGCUUGUGCGAUUGCUGACCUCUCGUGUUGCGCUACACAAGAUAAACUCACCGAGAGGUUCGACACCAGACUAUCAUCGCGACGAUAUAUGAGCCCGGAACUACUUGACCAGACCUAUGACCACGAGUGUCUGGAGGGAUUCCGUCGAGCCGACAUUUACAGUCUUGGACUUAUUUUUUGGGAAGUUUGCACGAGAUGUUCUAGUAAUGGUGUUGCUUCUGAUUAUUCGGCUCCAUUCGCCGAAUGGCUUACGAACGACAAACAAGAGCCAACUUAUGAAGAAAUGGUUAAACUCGUAGUUACUGAUCAACGAAGACCUCACAUCCCCAAUCGUUGGCAUACGGACCCGAGUUUAUCUGGAAUGGCUCAUAUGAUAAGUGAAUGUUGGCACCAAAAAGCUGCAGCAAGACUUCCAAUCCUGCGAAUAAAAAAAACACUUGUAAAAUUAGCUACAAGUGACCCUGAUGUUGAUCUGCCCAUAGAUUAAAUUACGACAGUAAUUUUAUAAAUUUAAAAUUGUACAUAUUUAAUUAGUGAUAGUUAGUUUUUAAGUAAUUAAAGCAAAAAUUCAGUUUAAAUAAUGUGCUUAGUACGUUCAUACUGAGCAAAGAUUUGUUAAAAUUGGAAAAUACUCACUUCUCAAUUUUAUAGUAAUUUGGACUAAAAUUAAUCGACAUGAAAAUUUUAUGAAAAUUUUUAAUACCAAUUCUUUUUUAAAACUAAGUGAUAGUUAUUUAUCUCGUUAGACGAAUGUUCAUGCGAUAUUGUUAUUGAUAAUUAUUAAGUAAUUUUAUUAAUUUUUAGUGUAAUCCUCUUUUAGAAUUAUUUUCAAACUUCGGCCAAUCGAGAAGAUUAAUUGGUAUUUUAUGAAAGCAAUUACAUGACUUGUAAGAUGAUGAAUGGAACAACAUUUUAAAUCAAUUUUGUAUUUAAAUAUACAGUGCCAAAAUGAACUUGUACUGAUCGAUGAUAGGUGCUUGUACUUAAUUCAAAUGAAUUUAUACUGUAUUAUUUUAGCGAUUUAAAACAUAAAGUAAUUUAUGAACAUUGCAUCAAUGACAAAAGAGAUACUUAUCUUAACUUAUGGAAAAAUACUUGCAUUAAGGCCAAUAAAUAGAUAAAAUAUUUCAUUUAACUAAUUGAAUCAGCUUCUAAUUUUAAUUAUAUGCACGUACUCAAAUAGUGAAAUGAUUAUUUUAGUAAUGACAUGAACUCAAUAUAAUUAUGCGUUUGAAAAAACAUUCAGUGAUUUAAAUAAUUUUAUAUAAUUUAUGUUUUAUAACUGAUUAAUCAACGUUCGAAACUAAACUUUUAUGUUCAUAGUAAAUGUAACUCCUAGCUUAUAAAUAAUUCACCGAUCGGCUUAAAAAUAGAUAACAUUGUACCAACGUAAUUUACAAAUAAUUGAAUAUUCUAAAAGAUAUUAGAAAAAAAUGAAAAAAAUGAAAAAAAUG